UGUUUCCGAUUCUUUACUUUCUACUCCUUUUAUUUAGUAGAAAAGCGCACAAAGUUUGAAUUUUUAUCCAAAAUUUUACUUUUUUUGCCCCUGGGUAUUGAGUCCCAGAGAAUAAUCUCAGAAUUUUGGUGGUCGGUAUUGGCUGAACAUGGAUUUUAUGUUAUGUGAACUUUCCUUGUAUUUGGGUGUUUUCUUUUUCAGUUUUGAGUUGGGGGUUGGUGUUUCAGGCUGAAAUAUCUAGCUUUUAAUGUGUAAAAUAACAUUUUUACUUGGGACAGCGUUAAUUAUGAAUUGGCGUUUGAAUUAGUUAUGCUAAUGGGUUAAACAGAUUUUAUAUGCCAAGUUUGAAUUAUUUAUAUUAUCAAAAAAAUUGAAGUUUUUGCACGAGUAGCUUUUUUAACUGUUGAAUAAGUGUGAGGUUUAGAGAAUUCCUAGUUUUAAGAACCCCUAAUGGAGGAACGGAUAUUAAGAAUUCAUAUGCCAAGACCAACAGUAUCAAUAGUUAGUGUUUAGGAUUGAGGCGUAGUUGUUGUUUUUGUUAUGUAUAAGCAGUAGUGAGUGUUUGGUUGUGGUUCAUCCUUCAAUCUAUAUCAUUUUGACCAGGAUAUUGUUGCUGGAAAAGCAUAACUUUGACCAACUUGAUUGCAAUCUUUUGUUAUUCUCUUUCAUCUUUACAUAAUUAAAAGCACUAAAACCAGUUUCAACAACACUUUGCCUUGUCCAAAAGAAAAAUACUGCAACAGUAAACACUUGUUCAUACUUGUCUAAAAACAUGUUCAUAGGUAUCGUGCUUGAAAACAUCAUAAAUUGAAAUAUUUGUGCUAAGAACUCUUCAGAUUUUCCCCCCGAUAAUACACAUGAAAGAUCUCAGUGAGAGUUUUGCGUCGUAGUAGAUGAGGUUAGAUGAUAUUAUUGUAGAGAAAUUUUUAGGUCCUUUUCUGGAUCUAAUGCAUAGAGUUGUUUCUAUUGUUCAAACUGCAAAUCAUAAUCUUUACUCUAAUGUGUACAUCCUUCAGUGGAGUAUUUACACUAUGUUUUAAUUUUUUCUAUGUCUAUAAACAAAUUACUGAUGCAAUUGAUGCAACAGUGGACUUUGUGGUUGAUGAUCACAUCGUAGGUGAGGAGGAAGAGGGCACGGUGGUAGAAGUCAGGGCAGUAGAUGAAAAUGCAGUUGGAGGAAGUUCCAGUGAGGAGGCACUUCACAACGUGCAUGAUGUCAAGGUAGAUGAAGACCUUUCUGAUAGGGAGGUCGUUCCAUUAGAAGAAUCACAAUCUCUAGGUAAUUCAACUUCAGAUGAACCUUAUGUCGGCCAGGAGUUUGAAUCUGAAGCAGCAGCACAUGCGUUUUAUAAUGCAUAUGCAACAAGAGUGGGCUUUAUCAUCCGCGUUAGCAAGCUUUCGCGAUCUAGGCGCGAUGGCUCUGCUAUUGGUCGAGCACUAGUUUGCAAUAAGGAGGGCUUUAGAAUGCCUGAUAAGCGGGAAAAGAUAGUGCGACAAAGAGCAGAGACUAGGGUUGGUUGCAGAGCGAUGAUAUUAGUUAGAAAAGUAAGCUCCGGAAAAUGGGUUGUCACAAAAUUUGUCAAAGAGCACACUCAUCCAUUAAGCCCAGGCAAAGGUCGUAGGGACUUGAUCUAUGAUCAAUAUCCGAAUGAGCAUGACAAAAUCCGGGAGCUAUCUCAACAACUGGCAGCUGAGAAAAAGAGAUCAGCAACAUAUAAGAGGCAUUUGGAAAUGAUAUUCGAGCACAUUGAGGAGCACAACCAAUCUCUGUCCAAGAAGAUCCAAGAUAUUGUACACAAUGUAAGGGAGAUGGAGUCUAGAGAUCAACAUCAUCAUAGAUAGUUUUAGCAUGAUUUGCCUUUGUUGAUAUUAGAGUAGAGAAAUAGCAGAGUGUAGAACCCUAAGUUAAGUAAAGAUCAUAAUGACUUCUAUCUUGGCUUACCUUUUGUCCCCUCUCUUAUUCUUUGAGAAGAUCAUGAAAUUAUGAAACCAGUUCAUAUCUUGUUUUCAUAUUUUUUCUUUCCAUUUUCCUUUUUGGGUAGACUUGUGGGACUGUAGCCUUGUAGGAGCAACAGGUACAGAAUGUCUCUUUCUGGUGCAACCAUUGUAACAUUCUUUCGGGAGGUUAGAUGUCCUGUGAAUGAACCUUUUUCCUUUUUGUAAAAUUUUCAAGUCCAUUUCAUGUAGAUUCAGUAAACUGUA